UAUGCGGAUAUUCAUUGUCUGACCGACCAUGGGCAUGUAUCAAGCCAUCUCGAGUUUUCUCUCUUGGAGCAAUAAUAGUACGCGGCAUAUGUUCCUCAGCAUCUGUUUCACAUGAAGCACCGAAAUCAUCUCCAUUCCUAUCUUCAUUAAUAGGCGAAGCUGUAGAGAACAAAAUUAAUCGCAUUGGAAGAUGUCGAAUCAAGGCUUUGUCGUCGCAGAAUUCCCGGAUGGUAUUCAAGUAAUACCAAAAAUUUGGUUGCAAAAUAAAGAUGAAUGCAAAUAUCCCUCGCAUUUUAAGACGGAUAUAAAAAUCCGAAAAGCGGUAGAGAAACAGGAGAUACCAAAGUUUGAUUGGCCCGCAUUAGAAGUUAUAAGAAUUUUUGGCGAAUAUUCGUCCUUACAGAAGGCUUAUGCGAAGGCAGAGAAAGCUUUAUACACGUCAGAUAUGGACACGGAAAAGGAAGCAAAAUAUUACCGAAAACAGAGCGAGAAAAAUUUACUCUUCGUCGGAAAGCGAAGAAGAGUCUGGUGUAAAUUUGCCACCUGCUCCAUGUCCUCUUGCAAAACGUAACGUUAUAAGCAUUUUCAUUGCGCGCGCAUAUAUACAUACACACACA